AACCCUACCGAUAGGAGAACUCUUGCUCAAGAGUCAACAGCAAACUCGGGUAAAAGAAGGAAAGAUAAGAUCAGAUAGGAUAGAGAUGAUGGAGAAGAAAGAAAAGGAAAGUGUCAGUGGAGCUGUGGUGGCCUCUCCGGCAGCACUGGUGGGAUCGAGAGAUGAUAAUGAGAUGGACGCCGGCAUGCAGACAGCAGAGACGUUGCUGCGUCUGGUGCUGAUGGCUCUGUGUCUCUCUGCGCUCAUUGUUAUGGUGAAGAACUCUCAGUCCAAUACUGACUUUGGUUCACUGUCCUACUCAGAUCUUGGGGCUUUCAGAUAUUUAGUGCAUGCAAAUAGCAUUUGUGCUGGCUACUCUCUCCUUUCAGCUGUCAUUCUAGCCUUACCUCGCCCCGCCAUAUCUCGAGCUUGGACAUUCUUCUUCCUUGAUCAGAUUUUUACUUACUUAAUUCUGGCUGCGGGUGCUGCGUCCACGGAGGUGCUGUGCUUGGCCUACGAGGGAGACGUGUCAAUCACCUGGAGUGCAGCUUGUGGAUCGUUUGGGAGAUUCUGUCACAGGGCCACAGCGUCUGUCAUCAUCACGUUUGUUGUAGUUGUUUGCUAUGGAGUGCUUUCUCUGCUCUCUUCUUAUAAGCCACCAGUCCAUUCUAACUACUCAAGUUCUUUGGCCUUCCUUGAUAUCAGCUCCAAUCAGUUAGAAGGCCCUUUCCCAGAUUUUACCUCCAGGCAUCAACCUUCUUUCAUUUUCCAAGAACAAGCUUAUCAGAGAGACACCGCUCUACAUCUGCAACAUGAGUAGCUUGGCCAUCUUGGAUCUUUCAGACAAUCAAUUGAGAGGUCAAGUUCCAAAAUGUCUUGAAAAAACCAAUGAAGUCAUGAGCUUGAGAAAGAACCAUUUUCAUGGGACCUUGUCCUGGAAUUUCCCUAAAAAAUGCAGUCUGAAGAC